AAUGUCUCGAAGGAACACCUCUAGACUAUACAUAUGAUCUGCGUUGGAAGGGACUGUAAUGGUAAAUACAGACAACUGAAACUUCAACAUAGUUUUCUUAAUGAAAGUAAUGGUGUCCUAGCCUUCACAAGAUGGGCCAGGGAAAGAGUUUUCCCGACCCAGAGAAGACUGUGGGACUCGUCCAUGGAAAGCUGAAAUUACAUUUGGGGAUCAUAACAAAGAUAGCCAAACUGUCCUACGAUGAUCUUAUACAAUCUGUCAAGGACAUCAAUGAACUAACUACAACCUUCACUGACCACAAAGGGAAGCAACUCCUGUUUUCAGUGGAGGCAGGUACAGAUACAAGCAUAUUCUGGAAGCACACAAUACGCAUCUGUUGCCAGAAGGUGAACACACGACUUAACCUCAUUGAGUCCUCACGUAUCCUCAAACUACGCCAAUAUAUAGAGGUGUACAGCGAGAUCACAGACCAAGUGUCCAGCAUGUCCCUCAACUCAGACCAAACAUCCAUGCCGUCACCCCUGGGAGCCUCGAGCGAUAUAACAGCCUCCAUCAUAUUUGACGAGACAGCCAGAGAAGGUGACACAGAGGACACAGAGUGCUGUAUUUGUAUGGAGAAUAAGUCUGAGAUCAUCCUUGCCUGUAACCACAAGUUUUGUGAGAGCUGUAUAGAUCAAUGGAAUGACUCUAGCCGUACCUGUCCUAUAUGCCGUGCAAAGGUACGAAGUAGGGAUGAUACGUGGGUGCUCACAGAGAAACCAUCUCCUAACGAGUUCCAAUCCGAAGUGAAGGAUUAUCUGCUUGGAAUAGUUGACAAUAAAGGACAACCUGAAUCACACUAGUGCUGUCAUUGUUGUUUACAGGUGUAGGGAUCAAAUUAGUGCUAUAUUGAUGGUGUCACAGUGCUAUUCAGGUCAUAUCAUUGCAAAUAUUGGGUCACAUCAUUCCAAGUUUUCGGUGGCUAACACUAACCUAUGAUUGACAAUGCACACACUUUCUAGAGUCAAAAUAUUGAAAAUAUGGAACUAAAAUGUUUAUUGCAAGAUUUUGUUGCAUAACAAUAGAUAUAUAGACUCUGAACUUGUAGGAACUGAUUGCUAUAAACUGAUGAAUUUGGAUUGACUCUGCUGAAAUAGCUCCCGGUAUAUAUCUACAUGUCCUGAGUCUUGUUAAUCUCCCAUUUUCGCUUGCAUGAUAGCAACGGUAUUAUAUAUCAGAAGAGAGUGGAAAGUUGUUGUGGUUUAGAGGGGACCGUUAUUGUCAUUUGGAACAAACUGGUUGCACAGGUUUUCAUUUCUGAUAUAAACAAACAUGUCUUAUUACAUUAUAAAACAUCUUUAUAAACAAACAUGUCUUAUUACAUUAUAAAGCAUCUUUGUAAACAAACAUGUCUUAUUACAUUAUAAAACAUCUUUGUUUAUAUCAGAAAUGAAAACCUUUGGUGGUUGGUGGUCGGACAAAGGAGACAUGAUUUGGUAUACUAGUUUUAAUUUCAUUGUUGUGAAAAACAAAUGUGUUAAAAGUAGUUGCUAUAUUUGCUCAAGAGAAAAUGUUUGCAAAUUGAGAUACCAUUAUUGUCAGGAAGUUUGUACAUUAAGGAUGGUUCUACACAGGAUACCCAUCUCCUGGAAGGAAAUUGGUAUAAAAUGGUUUACAUUAGGGUAGCCAGUCAUAUACCAAGAUCCUGAAUUGUUAUGAAUAUUGCUUUUGAAUUGGGGUUUUAAAUGAUUGUGUGGUAUUGUAGGGUUGAAAAGAUGGCUGUACCUAAUAUUUAUUUGUUGUGAGAUGGCUGUACCUACUAUAGUGCUAAGCUGGGCUACAUUUGUUAGAAGAUUCUCAUAUAGAUUACCUAUAUAUAAGUAAACAAGUUUGCCAGUAGACGGUAAAACUAUGAUAGAGAUGUGAUAACCUGUUACUUGUUAAGUGUCUUACCGGUAAUUUGUUUUAGAUGUCGUAAAUGUUUUGUUAUAUCAGAGUAGGAAUAGCUUCUAUCACUGUAUUUAUGCAACAUGAUGUGACAAAACAAAUCUGAGGAAGAAAUGUUGAUUUGUUGUGUUUCAAAUUUUCAAUAUUUUAAUGCAAUACCAAUUGCAACUUUUAUGACAGUCCCAACUAGCUGGGGGGAUGUGAAUGGUGGUAGGGGUGAGGGUGGUA